GAAAAGAAUAAAAGAAUCAGGAAAAGGUGGAUAUAAAGGAUACUCAGUACCCAAGCCGGGAAAUCGACACAGAAAGGAAAUGCACAAUUUUGAGGACGAGUUAACGUGUCCCAUUUGUUACAGUAUUUUUGAAGAUCCUCGUGUAUUACCAUGUUCUCAUACAUUUUGUAGAAAUUGUUUGGAAAACGUUCUUCAGGCAUCUGGUAAUUUUUAUAUAUGGAGACCUUUGCGAAUUCCACUCAAGUGCCCUAAUUGCAGAAGUAUUAUUGAAAUUGCUCCAAGUGGAAUUGAAUCUUUACCUGUUAAUUUUGCAUUAAGGGCUAUCAUCGAAAAGUAUCAGCAGGAAGACCAUCCAGAUAUCGUCACCUGCCCUGAACACUAUAGGCAACCACUGAAUGUUUAUUGUCUGCUGGAUAAAAAAUUAGUUUGUGGUCAUUGCCUAACUAUAGGUCAACAUCAUGGUCAUCCUAUAGAUGACCUUCAGAGUGCUUAUCUGAAAGAAAAGGACACACCACGAAGUUUGCUCAAGCAGCUUACUGAUGCACAUUGGACAGAUAUUACUUGUCUUAUUGAAAAGCUAGAAGAACAGAAAUCCCAUUCAGAGAAAAUGGUCCAAAGUGACAAGGAAGUUGUUCUCCAGUAUUUUAAGGAGCUUACUGAUAUAUUAGAACAGAAAAAGAAGAAUUUCCUAACCGCUCUCUGUGAUGUUGGCAAUUUGAUGAGUCAAGAAUAUACUCCACAGAUCGAAAGAUUGAAAGAAAUACGAGAGCAGCAGCUUGAACUGGUUACCAUGACCACAUCUUUACAAGAAGAGUCUCCACUUAAAUUUCUAGAAAAAAUUGAUGAUGUUCGCCAACGUGUGCAGAUGCUAAAAGAAAGACCACUUCCUGAUGUCCAACCUGUUGAAAUCCAGCCUCGGGUAAGCAAAGUGCUAAAAGAAGAAUGGAACAGAACGGAAAUUGGAAAAAUAAGGAAAGCUUUUAUUCCUGAAAUGAAGAUUUCUUCUAAAAGGGUGCCCUGUUCCUGGCCUGAUAAGGAUGAAAAAGAGAUUGAGCUUUUUAAGAUUUUAAAUAUUGCUAUAGUCACUCUGAUUUCAGUGAUAUUAAUGUUGAUACUCCUUUUCAACCACCACAUAAUAACCUUCUUAAAUGAAAUAACUUCAAUAUGUUUUUCUGAAGUCUCUUUGUCUAUUUACCAAAGUUUAUCUAACAAUUUGCAUGAUUUACAAAAUAUACUAUGUCACCCUUUUUAUUUUUUAAAGGAAUUCAUGUGGGGGAAGUAGUUUAUCAUUGAAAACAUAAAUAUGAUUUGUGAAAUGAGUUUAUUUGGGUACAGCAGAGGCUAACUACUGCUAAAUGGAGACGAGGGUAGCAAAAGUAGCAAACUAAACUUUCAUAGACUUGCAACAAAUAUAAAUAUAUAGAAAUACAUUAAAUCUUCUGUGUUUCUGUUGGGACAGUAACUUUUUUUGGGGGGGUGGGGGCAGUACCUGAGUUUGAACUCAGGGCCUUGCUAGGCAGUUGCAAUACUACAUUAGGCACUACACCAUUUGAGCCAUACCUCCAGACCCA